AUGGCCAACAUUUACGAAGCUCUCGGUGUGCCUCUUUCAGGCUUCAACUCAAGACCGUUCAUUUCCUCAUGGUUAUUGCCACAAGACGCUCUAGCAGCCAUUCGUUUGACCAUUUCCAUCUACGUCGUCGCCUCGAUCAGUUAUUCCUACGCGUAUUUCGCUAGUCACAAGGUGACAUUUCACCUUCAGGAUGUCAAUAUCAAACCCAUUUCUUUCCAGGUUGGAGCAGAAGGCAUUCGACAAUCUUUCAGCUAUUUUACAUACAUAAGCUAUUGGAGCCAGUCCUUCUAUUUCUUCUUCGCCGCCCUACAUACUUUCGUGGGCGCACGGCAGGGCAUACCGUGGCUCGACAAAUGGCCGAGGCCCCUUCAAGCACUGCACAGCAUAUAUUACACAUGCAUCACCACAUUGCCUUUCCUGGUCAGCUCCAUCUACUGGUCCUCGAUGUACGUAGGGCCCUGGUUUCAGCAUGAUUUCGAUCGAUGGAGUGCCUUGUCCAUUCACGGCAUCAACUCGGCUUUCGCUCUCUUCGAGGUUGCAAUGAUCGAGACCAGACCGCAGCCAUGGACACACCUCGGCAUACUUCUGCUGAUUAUGGGCCUCUAUUUGCCCAUUCCAUACAUCACCAGGGCCACGGAAGGAAUUUACAUAUAUCUCUGGCUCGAUCCCAACAAUGGGAUUGCUCAGCUAAUCGCCCACAUCGUGGGCUAUGCGAUGGCGAUCGUGGUCAUCUUCAACGUCAGUCGGGGAGCAGUUUGGCUCCGAUGCAGGAUAAACCAAGAAGCCAUGCCGGAGGAGAUGGGACUCGACUAUUCCGGCAGCGGGAGCAGCGUCUCGAGGAGGAGCUCUAGUAAAUUUUCCACACUCAAAGCUUUUGGCCCGUCUGGAGAUCUCGAAAAAAUCCGCGAAAUGUCGAGUGUCAACAUCCCACUCGUCGGGCAUGACAGAACAGCGCACGGUAGCAUCUACCAAGGCGAUCCUCAGUCCAGGAUGUCGACGACGACGAUUGCGAUGUCUGCUCAGUUCCACGAAGCAUCGAGCACUCAUAUCCCGCUUCCUCCCGAGCCAGAGUCUGCUCUCUUUCCAGCCAUCUAUCCCAGGAGAUCUAGCAGCUACCAUGUCCGUAACUUCUCCCGACCCACUUCGCAAGCAACAACGGCGCCAAGCCUUCGAGGUUUCUGGCUUUGA